CAAAAUUUAGGAGUGAUAACUCAUGCUGAAAUAUAACCGGCAGUCUCUCGAAUUAGUUUCUAAUACGGCCGUUACCACAUUUCGGACAUUAGUAUUUAUCUGGUGAGUCAACAAAUACACAUUGUUUGCAUCUCUUUUAAUUUUUUUUGUGACAUAAAUUAAAUUCUUUAAUUAAUUAUUAAUAUACGUUUGUGCACCGUGUAGAUUAUUUAGCAACCGAAAAUCGCAGUCAAUUAAGGGCAAUUAAUACUACUAAAUAGACACGAUAGUGUAGAAGUAAAAAAUUUAAAAAAUAAAAAAAAAUCAUGGUCAGUGAGGACUAGUCUUUAAGCAUUAGUCAAUAGCCCAAUAAUUCUAAAAAACGUAAAAAUUAAAAUGAAGGAAAUUCAAGAACAAUGAGUAAUGAACUCGGAAAUCGUUAUUCAUUUUAAUUUUAUGAUAGUGUAAAUGUAAAAAAAAAAAACACCCCCCCCCCCCCCCCCCCAACACUUUACCAACUGCUCAACUUGCUGAGUUACUGGGUUCACCUUACAGUUAUUACAGUGCUGAACUUACUCACACACUCACUUAUCAUAGUUCAUACUACUAGCCACAAGAAAAUAUGGUAUAUUGAUGGGUACUUGAACAAAAUUUUUUUAAUGAAGUUACAGCUUUAAGGCCGAGUUAUUUAAUAUUUAUAAAUAAUUAAUAUUAUACCAAAUUUAUGAGCUAGAAAGUUGAUCUUGAUGUUUUUGUAAAUCAUUCAAUUGGCUAUAUUGAACUGUAUUGCCUUUAUUUUUUUGGAUUAAUUUUUUGUUGCCAAACUUGAAUAUAGUUAUAGUAGCUGAAAUAGGUAGGCUAUUUAUUUACAAUUCAUGGCUACUUCCAUUAUUUUGAAAAGGGAAAGAAACCAGUGGCUUGAACAGUUAUUUUAACAGUGAUACGUUUGUUUGCAGUCUUUGUAUUUAUUCUUUAAAUCCUGUCAAGACCAAGUCAAACUGUUUGAAUAUUUUAAGUCACAUAAUGGAGAAUAAUUGAACUGUAUUUCAUGACUUCUUUUUUAAAGUGGAUAUCAAUGUCUUAGGCGCUUUUACAUAUUUUUUGUUUAGUGAUAGUGGAACAAAAAAGAGACAACAAAGACACUUAAAAAUACUUUUUCCAUACUUGUAAACAUUGUUUUGAUGAUGUGCUAAUGUAAACACAAUAAGAACACCUAACAUUUUGUCUCCAUUCUGAAGAUUUCAAAUGAUUGAAUGUGCCAGAGGUUGAGGUACAUAAAGGAUAGUUUAGUUCUAAUCCUAAACAAAAAAUUAAAAAAUGUAAGAUUACUGCAAUAAUUGCAGUAAUCUUGCAAUUUUUCUGCAUCCAAUUUGCUUUUAUGGCUGUACUCAGAGAGAAAAAAAUUUAAUUAACAAUGAUCAUUUUAAUCAGAAGCUAAAUUCUUUAGUUUUCCCGAAAAAUUAUAAGAGUUUCGGAACAGUCAGAUCAAUAUAAAACCUAAGUGUCCAAUAAUUCACUGUAGGUAGUUGAGUAAAUAGUAAACAUGCUUGAAAAAUCAAUCUCUUGUGUUUUGAUAAAAAAUGGGAACAGUUUUUUAUUUUCCAAAGAAAUUACAGAUCACUUUUAUAUUAUUACUUGUACUAAAACUGAAUUUUUAAAAGAAGUAUUUGCGCUUUAAUUUUUGUUGUUGUCUUUUUAAAAAAAAGUAGUUAACAGAUGAUGGCUGACUUUGAAGACAAUGGAGUAGUUGUCAGUGAUGAGGAUGUCAAAGACCCAAGCGAAGUGAAGACAACUAGUAACAGUAAAGAAGAAAAGAAUGCAUCUAACAAUUCAACAUCAGUGAAAAAAAAUCAGAGUCUCAUUUCUAAAUCCCCUGGGCUUCAUCCUAAGAAAAAGCCUUCCCCCUUAGGUGCUCAGCCCAGCCAGACUGAUAGACGCACUGAAAUUCUUGACAAGCUUAAAGGGUGAGGUUAACUACAGUAGAAUAUUUUAGUAAGUAAUUUAAAAAAAAAUAUUUUGUAAAUGCUCACUGGACAGAUUUGUUUCAUACUUCAUAAUUAUAUUAUUUAUACAAUGUAUUUCAGGAAACCAUAUGUUUAUUACGAGCAUACACAAGCCUUUCUUAACUUCUUGGUUAGACCCAACAUUGAUGUUCGAGAUGUCAAAUCUAAAGUUUUCAAAAACCAGGUAUUUCAAAAUAUUUUUCACCGUAUAGCAGAACUUUGAAAAAAUAUACAUUGGAGCCCUUUGUUAAUUUCAUUUUGUAAAGCUUGUUUAUAAUUUUUGGAUAAUACCUUGGAUUUUUGGCGAUAUUAUUAUUCAGAGCUUUGUAUUAUUUUCCCUUUUAAAGCUUAUGAUGUCAGAGAGCAUGGAGGAAGUUCCUCCCAGCUUUGCAAAGAACUGGCUGAUGGUGGUGUGUCCUGUUGGAUCUCGAUGCCUUGUUGUGGCCAGUAGGGUUAGUCUUUUUGAAAACGAUUGUCAAUAGUUAAGUAGAUUGAGCUAUUUAAAAUAGUUCAACUUUUGAAAUUAAAUAAUAUGUUACUCUUGACAUUCUAAUCUUAAAUUAGAAUCCAAGUUAAAAUUGUAUAAUUCUUUGGCAUGACAACACUAGUUCCUCUUACCUGGAAAGAAUUAAACCUGCAUAUAACUAAUUUAUAAUUAUGUUUGUCUCUAUUUCUAGGGCUAUACAGGAGCAUACACUAAAACUGGUUAUCAUAUUAUUAGUCACCCAUCUAAUCUUCCAAUGGGUAACAAAAUGUUUCAAGGUAAAUAAUCCUUUGAUAGUAUUCUAAUCAUGUAAUACUAACAUUAUCAAGAAACAUUUAAAAACCUUUUUUGUUUAAAUAGAUUUCGGAAAACCAGAGCGCAGUGAGCAUGCUAAAAGUGGCAUGGAUACCAGCGCCAUAUAAAUAUCAAAUCAAUCAAAGUAAUAACUAUCAAACUAUAUUUGUAAGAAUUCCUUGGUUAUCUCCCACAUUAAAAUUUGUCACAAUAAAAUGUAAAUAAAAAAAUACAACCUAUUUCAAUGUUUUUCAAAGUGAAAUUAAAAAGGAUGUCUCACAAUUGUUAAGCUCAGCACAUCAUUCUUACUAAUAAGAAAUCAAAGGUUUUCUACACCUAUAAGGGGGAGAAAAUGCUUUGAGGACAAAACUAAUUUGAGUACACUUUGAGGUCUAUUUGCCUCAUCUCCAUCGGCAUACUGUUGAUUGCCAACCUAGGGUCUAACAAUGAUAUCAAACAAUAUAUUUUUGCUUAAUGUUUAGGAUCCUUUCUAAUGGAAUCAUUUAUUGUGGCACUCAUUACCUAGGAAUAUGAAAAUACAUAUCUUUCCCUUCAGGAUUUGGUGCCUGUGUUCUAGAUUGUAUCUAUUGCAAUGAAACAGAGACCUACUAUGUGCUGGACCUGAUGUGUUGGGAUGGGCAACCUGCCUACAAUUGUAGUGUGAGUAGUGAUAUAUUUUUCAUGUUUUAAUUUUGUCUUCAGUAGGCCUAUUUCAAUCAUUUAAGUCACCAUCUCCUUUACAAAAAUGGCUUCAGCUCACCAUUUUUUUUUUUGGUCAGGAUCUACGUGAGAGUAGUCUUUCUAGACUACCUAAUUAAUCAUAAGUGUGGUCAAGAAACCAUUGACUUUGUUAUAAUGCUUAUAAAACAGCAAGCCUGUUUACUGUUUUUUUUUUACAACAGGGUUAGAACAGACUAAAUGAAACUUUUUUUUUUUUUUUUUUUAAAUAAUUUAUGAGAUUGUGUGUUAUUUUUCCUAUUUCACCUCCUAUUUUAUAUAUAUAUAUAUUUUUAUAUAAUUUUUUUUUUUUUUUUUUUUUUUUUUAUAACAGGGUAAUAAAAGAUUAAAUAAAAUUUUUUUUUUUUUUUUUUUUAAAUAAUUUAUGAGAUUGUGUGUUAUUUUUCCUAUUUCACCUCCUAUUUUAUAUAUAUAUAUAUAUAUAUAUAAUUAUUUUUGCUAAGUAAGCACUAAAAGUGUAAAUAUAACAGAAAUUAACAAGGGGAUGAAUGAAGAAAAAAAAAGGGAAAUCUUUUUGCUAUUCUUUAUCAUUUUUUUUGCUUUUGAAAAUUUAGAGUCUAAUCCUUCUACUAACUCCGCCUCGGCUUGUCGCAAGUGAGGAUGAAGGUUUGGCAUUGGGCCAACAUCCCAUAAAAACACCUUUUUAAAAUUAUUAAUUUAUAACCACCCCAUCACAAUUUUUGAACCAUUAGGUAUAAAUAAGUUUUUGCUACUUCAUUUCUAUUUACCUUCUUUAAUAAAGUUAACAUAAUAAUAACUACUAAAAAUGUGUUUUGCAAAAAUGCUUAUCCUUCUAUUGUUUACCACAGACUCAAGCAAGAUUCAAGUUUUUACAAGAUAAGAUUAGAGAUUAUGACCUGAGCAGGCCUUCACCAAUGAACCCGGUAAUGCAUCUGUUAAAUUAAAUGAUUUUCGAUAUAUUGUUUAAAUUUUUCUUUCUUUCUUAUUUAUUGCAAGAUACUUGGGGAAAAAAAACAAAAACAAUCUUCGUUUAUCUGUUCAUACCAUUAUAUUCCUGAUUGCUCACUUUAAGUGCUGAUUGAACUUUAAAUGACAUCUUUCAUACAGUAUCCCUUUGUGCCAUUAAAAACAUUCACUCCUACAAAGAGCAACAUAUGUGCAGCAGUAACCAUGGCCCCUUAUCUGGUGAGUUCUGCUAUACUCCUAGAUAUUUUCAGAAUCCAAAAACAAAUUUUAAAUAUAUCAGGUUACAGCUUUAGUAAGUCAAAGCUAAUGUACUGUUUAUUAUUUGUGUGCCUUGAAGAGUGUUUCAAACUAUUUACCGGCACUUUCAGAAUAUAUUAAUAGUUUGUUGGAUUAACUAUUUAUUGCUGCUUCUGUUUUAAAAUGACGUUAUCUUUUUAGUUGUUACAGUUUUACAGUAAUAGAAAGUCAUAUCUUUUAUGAUUUGUAUACCAGAUAGAUGGUCUGUUGUUCUGUCACAAACAUGCCACGUACCAAGCUGGGAGUACACCAUUUUUGCUGUGGCUGACCCUGGAUCGUCUCCCAUCUAAACUUAAAAUAGAGAUACCCGAGAUGGGAAUAGUCACUGCAGUCAGCUACAAGGAUCCCGUGGCACUGGCACUUGCGUAAGAAAAUUUUAAUUUUAAAUGUCUAAAAUGUAGAUUGCAGAUUUAUUUUUUAAUAUUUAAAUCAAUUUUGUUUUAAAACAUUCAAGUUGAAGGAGACGCAUUUGUUUUAAAGAAUUUAAUAUACAGUCAGUUUUUGUUGCAUAAUAGGAGAAAACAAAUUUGAUUUAAAAUUAAAUGUCUCAUUUUGAUUUGAUGCAAUAUUUAAUUGCAAAUGUGCUAUAAAAUAGUAAAGAUUUAAAAAAAAUACAUUUCAGAAAUCCUUUUAUGACUACUUUAUUUACAGCCAUGGUGUUAGCCCAGCUAUAAUCUCACAGGUGUAUCCAACUGGUAGAGAUGCUAGGAUUCAAGUAAGAUCUGUCCGUGAUCAAAACAGAAAUGUGCAGAGUCAGAUGUCAAACAGAAGGUACCUUGAGAUGGCUCCACCCCCCUUUCCUCAUAGUUUUGAUAGUCCGCGAGGGUUUGAAGAGAGUUCUCACAGUUUCAACGAAAACAGGCCUCCAUUUAACAACAGAAGAUCCAUGAGAGGCGUGGGAGCCAGGCAGAUGAACCCUAAUGAAGACUACUCUUACUUGCCUGGUAUUUAUUAUUAUUUUUUAUUUUGUAAUGUUUUAUUUUGUUUCAAAUAUAUUUAAAAUAUUACAAAAAUGGUAUUUUAAAAUCAUUCUUUAUACUGAAGGUCAUUAUUAGUGCAAUUAUUUUUUGUUUUUGGUUUAUUUAUAACUGGAACACAAAUAUGUUUUUAAAUGUUCAGAUACAAAAUGUUAAUUUUUUUAUAUAAUAUUAAAAGUUCAAAUUAGGCAAUUUUAAAUUAUAUCUUGACCAUUGAAUUAAAUUUCACCUCAAGGUGCUUUUGAAUUCAAGUCUUAAAGUGAUGUUGUGAUUAUAACUUAAGUUUUUUUUGUUAUGUCAGAGUGAUUCAUAUAUAUUUGAUAAAAUACUCUACAGACAUGAUGAAGUUAAAUAUUCACGGGAGACAGCGCCCAUACUCUCAUCAUGACCAACCCAUGCUGGCAUCUGGAAGCCAGUACUAUCAGAAUUUUAACAGCAACAAUAACAACACUUACUUUAGAAGCAGAGGUACUGGGGAAAGAGAGCAGCACCUGCAACACACACCACAGCCAGGUAGAAUCAAGCAACUGAAAAAGAAAAAAAAGUCAUCACCGAGACCGAACAACCAAUGUGAACCCAACUGGGAGGAACCCCAUGGUGUAAGCAUAAAACUGGUAUUAAGAGACCGACCGAAUUUCGACUUCGGGGCCGAAAGUUGCCAUUUGAUCACAUUUAUGAAAACACAAAGCAUUAGUAUGACGAUAACUGCUUACAUUGUGGUGAUAUUUUUAUAGCCUUAAUAACUGAUAUUUAGGUGACAAUUGGCUCUAUUAGAGUCACUAUAUUUAUUGUAGAUAUAUGUUCUAGGUUGUAAUUAUAUUAGAAAGCAAAGGGUACUGAAUGGUCUAUUUUGCAUGAAUGCCCCCCACCCCCUCCCCCCCUUUCCACAGGUUAAAAUUUUCUCUUACCAUACUACUUUAAAAUAUAUUUUUAAGAAAUUUUAAUUACUUUUAAAUUAAAAUGGUAAAAGCUAAAGUAUUCAUUAGAUGUUUAUAUAUUAAUAUUCACGAUGAUGUCAUUUUGUUAUAAAAAGAAAUUAAAUAUUGAUAUUUUCCCCCAUCAUUUUCGAUGUAUCCAGAAUGUAUGGGUGAACGUAUUUCAAGAUUUCUAAAUACUUUUGCUUUCGGUUUUUGCUGAAAGUCAUUUUUAACUUUCGGCGUAGUUUGGGUUUUGGCUGAAAUCAGAAAAUACUUUUGGUCAGUCUCUACUGCCAUUAUGUAGUCAUUAGAAGAUUUAACAAGAGUAAUUAUAUUUAUUUAACAAUGCAAAACCUCAGAAAAAUGUAACUUUGUGAGGACCCACUUUCUUUGUUUAAAUUUUCGAUAUUAAUUUAUUUCUUCUUAAAGCUUUUGGUAUUUAAAACAUUAUUAGUGUGGAUAAACAUAUAAAAGCAGGCUUUAAGUAGAAAAUAUGUCAACAUCAUUUAGUUAAAAAAUGAGCCAAAUUAAAAUAAUACUUUUUACUUUUUUCUCCAAACUUACUUCUGUUUUGUUGGCUUGUGUAAACUUUUACAAUAUGAUAGAAAUGCCAUAAGUUCUAUUAAUACAUGCAAGAUUGAUACAAGCCAAGUUUACAAAAAACUAUUAAUUAAUUUUAGAAGGGAAAAUUUUAUAGUUACUGUUUAUAAACCAGGUGAGAAUGUUAUAUUUACUGUUUAUAAACCAGGUGAUGAAAUCACAAUGGAUGGAAAGGAAACCUGAAAACUUUGAAACUGAUUACCUAACCUGCAUUUGUCCUAUUGCCAAAAGGAGGAUAAUAGUUGCAACAAAUGUAGGUACUCUUUAAUUUAAAAUACCAGAAGUAAGUGAUGGCUAAGAAAAUGUUCAAACAUUCUGUGACUGUGAUUACCUAUAUUGACACAUUGUGAAAUUCUCGGAGUUAAGAUCCUUCUUGACCUUGCAUGUUCUAAAUGUUUUAAAAAAGAUUUUACAUUUUAUUCUGGUCCUCAAAUAUUUUUGUUGACCCAAGCUGUUACUUGUAAGCAAGUAAGCAUAUUUUUGUCUAAUUUCAUUGGCAGAAUAGAAUUCUUUAAUGUUUUCUUUGGUGCUAUCACAAGGCAGAUUUCUUGACAUUUCACAGGGAUCAACUUGUACAUAUAACAAAUAUGGAAAAUUAGUAGAUAGAUUUACAUCAUCCUUGCCUAAUGGUGCACCAUCCUUAGCUGAAGGGGAAAAACAAAAUGGUAUGUUUCUAUAUUAUCUAGAAUGAGCUUUAAGACAUAAAGAAUAAUAAUAAUUAGAAUUGCUUAGUGUCCUAACAUUUAUAAUGCAUUUUAAGACCAUGUACACUUUUUUGUCUCUUGGUAAAAUUUAAAACUUAUUUGCUUCACAUUUUAAACCUAAAAAUUGCUGGUCCGAAAUUAUUUUUGGAUUCUAAAAUCUUUCAUUUUAAAAUUUCCAGAGAUGAUUAUCCUAGACUGUUUGUGGUCUGGCAAUUUUCAAAAGUUUUUUGUCAUUGAUAUCAUGCAGUGGCGGCAGCAAUCCUUCUAUGAUAUGGAGGUAAAGUGCUUCGUUAAUAAUUGAUCCAGUUUUCCUCCACCUUGCCCAGCUGAAAUGCAAGAUAACACAAAUAGUUGCUAUCAGUUGGUUGAAAUAUUGGUUUUGAGCUAAAUAUCCUUUUACAAUGAGUGUAGAAAUGGUUAUUCUUAUAGAGUCUGAAAUUUUAUGAAUGGACUCGGAGCCUAUGACUCCAGGUUCACACUCCUUUUAUAUAUUUUUUAAAACAUUAGAUAAAAAGUAUCCAAUUAUUGACCAAUCAAAUUUUGUUUACUUAUCUAAGUUAGAAAGGUUCACAAACACUGAAUUUCAAAGGCCAGAUAUAAUGUUGACAGAUCUUUGGAUUUAUUACAAGUAGUAGAUUUUUUUAAAAAUGUUAAAAUUAGGUUUUAAAAGCCAUAGUAUUUUUAAAGUCUAGUAUUUUACCACUGUGAGCAUGAAUAAUGUGAUGAAACCACAUAAAAAAAUUGAUUUACCUGUGUCUAUUCCACAACUAAAUAAAACGUAAGGUAAUGCAGACAUGAGGCAUUUAAUGUUCUGAGUCUGCCAGAAGGGACAAGUUAAUGUACAGAGGAACUAUCAUCUAAAUCUCAGUUCAUCGUUUUCAGUAACCUGGAGAUGUGUUAUAAAGUUUGCCAUUUGAGAGUAACCUAACUCAUUAUAUUACUAUGAAAUCACUGUUUCUGAUAAAUAUUGUUCUGUUACAGGCAGAGUUUCGAUUCUUCUGGUUGGAAGACAAAUUGACUGAUGUCACACUCAAGUCAGGAAAAAGAGAGGUAUUUAACAAAUGAAAUGCGUAUUGAAGAAAAGCAAAUCUAAUGGGUGUACAUUUUAUAGGACCUUUCUUGGGAUUGUUGAUUCAUUAGAUGGUUUUAUCUCACUGUAUUUUUAUAUAACAAUCUUCUGUAAUGAAUUGUAAAUGGUUGAGUAAAUUCUAACUUUAUAUACCAAUCUUCUGUAAUGAAGUGUAAGGGGGGGGGGGGGGGGGGGGGUAAGUAUUUAGUCUUUGAUUUGCACUUUUAAUGAGACCCAAUUUGAUACUUUGAUUAAUUAUUUACUAUUUCUAUUUCGAAGUUAUCUUUAGAAGUUCUAACCAAGAUUCCAAGUAACAAAGGGUGUAUCCAAGCUGCCCUUAGUGAUGCAGAGUAUAAGGUAAUCUCUUGCGGAAACACUAUACAUACCAAUCUUAUAAGUCUGAUUGAUCAAAGAAGAGCUGAAUUAUUUUUCUUUGAAGUUUUUCUUUUCAUAAAGCAUAUUCAAAGGAACACAGCCAAAUCUUCCUGUCAUUGUUUGGUUUCUUGUCAGGUAAAAACACAAGAAAAGCACGGUCACUUCUUCUUCUUCUAUAUUUUAAGGGCCCACGAUCAAUUUAUUGAUCAUUUUGGCUCCUAUGCAUGUAGAUGGGAUGUGCAAUGUUUCUGUUACUGGUGUUGAUGAGGAAAUCAUGCACUAGGGCUUUGAAGGCUUGAGGCAAUAGACACAAAUGUGUCUAGUGUUGUCGCCUCAACUGUUCCUUUUGAAAGAUUGUUCCAGUCCCUGAUUGUCUUGGACAGGAAUGAGCAGCUCCUAUACUGGCUUCUUGCUGGUAUGAGCCUGAAUUGCCUGUCAUGGCCUCGUCGCUGUCUAUGGGGGAGAGGGACGAGUUUCUGUUUAAUACUGGAACAGUGGACCAGCCCAUUAUUUAUCUUGUACAUCAUGGAGAGCCUGGAUUGUCGUCGUCGUUUCUCCAAUGGUGACCAGCCUAGUGUUUCUAGCAUGCUGCCAACACUAGAGGUAUUCCUGUAGCGGUUUAGGACAAAGCGUGCUGCUCGUCGCUGGACCGCCUCCAACCUGUCAAUGCUCUUCUGGGUAAAUGGGUCCCAGACUGAAGAUGCAUAAUCUAAAAUCGGACGGAUAAAGGCUUUAUAUGCUCUUUCUUUCACACAGGAGUUGCCAAUCUUUAGAUUUCGCCUUAAGAACCCUAGGGUCUUGUUUGCUUGGUUACAUACAUUGUUAAUAUGCUCGUCCCAGCGGACCUCUCUUUGAAUGGUAACACCCAGGUACUUUACGGAGGAAACUGGCUCAAGUAUAUGGCCGUGCAGUUCGUAUUGGUAGUGUAGAGGAGUACAACUUCUAGAGAUUGAUAGUGUCUGGCACUUGGCAGGGUGAAAUUCCAUGUCCCAGCUCAUCUCCCACUCAGCUAACAGAUUGAGAUCCUGUUGUAGCUGGUCCUGGUCAGAUCUGUUGGCGAUCGUCCUAUACACUGCAGUGUCAUCUGCGAACAGUCUUGCCUGUGAUGUCAGUUUCUCGGGUAGGUCAUUAAUGUAUGCUAGGAACAAACAGGGGCCCAGGACUGAUCCCUGGGGGACCCCUGACUUCAAAUCGACAAAGGAGGAGCUUGUACCGCCCACCACUACUGCUUGGCGUCGGUGGCUGAGGAAGCUAGAGAUCCAUGUUUUAGUGGUGCCUUGAAUCCCAUAUCUCUGGAGUUUUUGUAGAAGCAAACUAUGAUUCACACGGUCAAAUGCUUUUGCGAAGUCCAUUACUAGCACGUCAGUCUGCGUGUGGUUCUCCAGAUUGGUCAUCAGGUCUUCUACAAAUUCGAGAAGCUGGGUCUCACAUGAUCUAUUGACUCGGAAGCCAUGUUGACAGUCAUUGAGUAUAUUUUGGCUUUCAAGAUGCUUCAUGACUGUGCUUACGAUUAUGUGCUCCAACAGUUUGCAGACCACGCUGGUGACGAUAGUUGGCAGGGUCGGAAUGCUCCCCUUUUUUGUAAAUUGGAGUGACAUGCGCUGUUCUCCAGUCUGUUGGAACAUUUCCUGUGCAUAGUGACGAUUGGAAGAGGAUUGGAAGAGGAUUGUCAGUGCAGGAGCGAUUUCUUUGGCUAAUUCUUUGAGCACUCGUGGUUUGGUGUUGUCAGGACCACAUGCUUUGUAAGGGUUAAUGGUAUUGAGGAGGGCAAACACACCUUGUUCUGAUAUCUGGAUAUCUCCCAUGACAGGGUAGGCUCGUUCAUCAUUUUGAUCUUCAGAAGGAACUCAGUCUCAGAGUACUCUCUACCGUCACCAAAGACCGACUGGAACUGCUGAUUGAGUAUCCCCGCCUGUGCUUUUGGGUCAGAUGUCAAUUGGCCAUCCCACCUCAAGGGGGAAACUCCAGUGUUUGAAGACUUUUGGUGCCUCACAUAGCUCCAGAAGCGCUUGUUCUUGCCAUCUUUGGUCGGGGUGUCUUCCUCUGAGAAGAUGCCGUUCAUGUAGUUCCAAUACGAUCUACGCAAUAAGCGUUGAAUGGUUCGGCGGAGUCUCAGUACCUCCUCUCUCAGUUCAAUCGAGCCAUUUUUCUUCAUACGUUUGUAUUGGCGGUCUCUCCUGUGGAUGAGUAGAGCAUGAUCAAGAUGCUCUAUGUACAAUGUCUAUAAACACACAGUGAGCAGUACCAGCUAUGCGGAAACCUGUCUUCCUACUGAAGUCCAAAUUGUCAUAUAUAAGGCCUAUUUCUGGUCUCUCGGCAUCACAGAUGAACAAUUUAUUUACCAGAGCCGUUACCACAAUGGUAUAUAGUGUAAUAUUGUAUUUGAACAUACCACAAGUCACUCCGUGUGUUUCAGUCUGAGAGCACACAGAGGAAUAGAGUUUUGCUACGCUUUAAGUAAGACAGGAAGUGGUAACAAAAAUGGCGUAGAAUAUCAUCAAUGCGGUACAAACCCCGAAAUCACAUAAUUAGCUAAGCAUAUUGAAGACAGUGACUUUUGGCUCAUCCCUUGACCAGCAAUGGUGACAUUUUAUAUUAUAAAUCACAGUUUGUUGAGGAUUUACUUGACUAAUAAUGUCAUAGUCAAAGAAAUAUUCCUCAUCAAAAAAAACCUGUACACUAAUCCCAGCUAACCGGAACUUACUGUCAUACACUAUAUAAUUACUACAUCUUUGUUGGUACAUAUCUUAAUAUCUUCCUAUCAUUGUUUGAUUUGUUGAAAGGUGAAAACACAAUAAAUAAAUUCAGAGUAUCAACUUUCAUGCUUCCUGAAACAGUUUUUUUAAAAAUAUUAUAAAUUACUUUUUCCAGUGUUUAAAUUUUUUAUGAAGUAUGAAAUUCAAUUGAUGAACUAUUUAAGGCCAAUUUGAGUGGUUUUUUUAAUGCUAGUUGAACAAUUAAUUUUUUUUUCUCUAGGUGGAUGGUCUAUUGUGCUUUGAGAAAAAGAGCAAAUAUUCCCGCACAGCUGGGAUCAGUGCUCUUUGGCUUAAACUUGACAUGAUGGAAAACCUCCUUGGUUACCAGCCUCCUUCAGAUGUCAGCUACAAACCCAGUACAGAGAAAGAGCGCAAACAGCGAGAUUAUUUCAUUGGCUUAAAUAGUGGGAAAGAAAAGCCG